AUGAAUUGGAGAGAUGCACAGAAGCACUGCAGAGAUAACUACAAUGACCUGGCCACUGUAGAAAACUCAGAGGACAACGACAUGCUGAUGGCUCUAAUGCAGCAGCAGGCUAGCCAGGCCAGCAGGGACGGCAAGGACAAGGUGUGGAUAGGGCUGUAUGAUGACAAGAGCGCAUGGAAGUGGUCCCUGGACAAUCAAGAAUAUAACACAGACACAGAGUUCAGCAACUGGGAGUCAGAGGAACCCGACUUUGAUAGAGCCAGGCAGAACUGCACCAAGGUGAAACAUGGAGGGUUCUGGGCUGACACGGGCUGUCACGCAAAGCUAUCUGCAGUUUGCUAUGAUGGUCCUCUGAACUACACAUUUGUGGAAGGUGAGAUGUCCUGGCAGGAGGCUCAGGACUACUGCAGGAGCGAACACAUAGACCUGGCCAGUGUGAGGAACCGGAUCGAGAACAAAACCAUUUUUGAACUGUUACAAACAGAUAGUGCAUGGAUUGGCCUCCACAGAGAGCCCUGGCGUUACUGGUCUGACCAGACUGCCAACACCUUCACAUACUGGGACCAGGACGAGCCCGACAACCUUAGCAAAAAUCAACACUGUGUCUUGGCAAACAUGACCACAGGGAGAUGGCGUGAUGCACGCUGUGACAAGACCUACUUUUUCAUCUGCCAAACAAUCAGUUCCUCAAGCACCACAGAGCCGCCAAGUACCACUGCACCUCCGAGCAGCUCCCCUGCAGCUCUCCGCCAAACAACGCUCAGGCUGAAGAUCCAAACUGAGGCUGAUGUACACGAUCCUGCCAUUCAGCAUCGGAUUUUACAGCAGCUGCACGCCGAGCUGGAGAAGAAGGGACUGUCAGACUUCAAACUCCGCUGGGUGCAGAGAGACGGGCAGAUUUUUCAUGAGGAACAAAAGAGCGAGAAGCGAGAGGGGUAAAGUGGCUGAACUUGCACUCACGCCGAGGACACCGCGGCCUUGCAACACGACAUUCCUCCAGGAAAUCAAAUAUCAUUCAAAAACUAACAAUGAUUGCUAUGCAGCGUUUUAACGUGUCA